ACCGUUUGUACAGUAGUAGACCACGCCCUCUGCUGGUGAGCACGACGUAGUUCUCUCUGCGUAGUAGUUUUUAGUGUUUCAAAGAAAAUGGCGGAAAGCGAGCUCAACGUUGACAGCAUCAUCUCUCGAUUGCUUGAAGUACGAGGAUGUCGUCCAGGGAAGAUAGUCCAGAUGACGGAGGCGGAGGUGCGGGGGUUGUGCAUCAAGUCCCGGGAGAUCUUCCUCAGUCAGCCCAUUCUACUGGAGCUGGAGGCUCCGCUCAAAAUCUGCGGUGAUAUCCAUGGCCAGUACACAGACCUGCUGCGGCUCUUUGAGUACGGGGGCUUCCCGCCGGAGGCUAACUACCUGUUCCUGGGAGACUACGUGGACCGAGGCAAGCAGUCCCUGGAGACCAUCUGUCUACUGCUGGCCUACAAGAUCAAAUACCCCGAGAACUUCUUCCUACUCAGAGGCAACCACGAGUGUGCUUCCAUCAACCGCAUCUACGGUUUCUAUGAUGAGUGCAAACGCAGAUUCAACAUAAAGCUGUGGAAGACCUUCACAGAUUGCUUCAACUGUCUGCCCAUCGCCGCUAUAAUCGAUGAGAAGAUCUUCUGCUGCCAUGGAGGUCUCUCUCCUGAUCUACAGUCCAUGGAGCAAAUUCGACGCAUCAUGAGGCCAACCGAUGUCCCUGACACAGGACUGCUGUGUGAUCUGCUGUGGUCGGAUCCAGACAAAGACGUGCAGGGAUGGGGUGAAAACGACCGGGGCGUCUCCUUCACCUUUGGGGCUGACGUGGUCAGCAAGUUCCUCAACCGCCACGACCUGGACCUCAUCUGCAGAGCCCACCAGGUUGUUGAGGACGGCUAUGAGUUUUUUGCCAAACGGCAGCUGGUGACGCUGUUCUCGGCUCCCAACUACUGCGGGGAGUUUGAUAACGCUGGGGGCAUGAUGAGCGUUGACGAGUCCCUCAUGUGUUCCUUUCAGAUUUUGAAGCCGUCAGAGAAAAAAGCUAAGUACCAGUAUGGAGGGGUGAACUCGGGACGCCCCGUAACCCCGCCCCGUACUGCCCAAGCCCCCAAGAAGAGGGUGCCUUUCAAACCAGUGCAUCGGCGGAGGACCUAGUGUUGUCUUCCAGAA